AUGUACGAUUUCAUGUUCCUGGUAUCCGUUUGUGAAUUUGAGCCUGCACAUCUGGCUUCCACGGCCUCGAGCGGAAUUGAUACAUUGCCUGCGCCAGGUGCAGGACUUCAGACAAACUAUUUUGAGCGUGGGUCUGGAGAUCUCCUGAUAGCCUCGGUCAACUCCAAGAAAAGACUGCAGCCUUUUGAUGUCAAGUGUCAUGCCUUGACAGCAAGUGCUCUCAAGAUGCAAAACGUUCCCAAAUGA